CUCCUAUUAAUUAAAGCUCGCCCGGAGAGAAAAGGGGAAGAAGCGAAAACCAAAAAUGAAAGGUACAGAGAUUUCGAUGAAACCCAGCAACAAUAGCCAAAGCCAAUCCCGGCUCAGGACUGAAAAGCCCCCUUUCAGACCUGCAAAAGACGACACCAAGCCUCCUCUUCAAGACCCAAUACUGAGAUCAGUCCCCAAUGAGACAGAGGAAGCAGUGCUGCGAUUGCCUCCUCUUCCUUCACUCAACUGAACCCAUCAAACUCAGCUUCACCGCUUUUUUUCUUUCUCCCUUCUGUUGGGUUUGUUUGGUGUCCAUGGAUUUUGGCUUGCUACCUUGAUGGACUGUAAAAGUUUCUCUGUUUUCCCUUUUUUUUUUUGUUUAAGUUUAAACGUUUGGGUUGAAAUUGCUUGACUUGGUAGCUCUGGUGGUGCUAAAACAGAGAAAGUAAUUGCAGCAACAGCGUUCAUAGAUGCAUGGGAUUUAUGUUUCAAUGUUCCAAUUUAGGGUGAAGUUAACAAUUUUCAAUGCUAAUUAUAUGAGUGUAGAAGGUGCAUUUCAUUUGCAA